UUGGUUAAAAUGGCUUGGACCAACGCACUGCGAGCUCAUUCAUUCCUCGACCGAGUCGCGUGAAAGUUGGACGCAAAACGAACCAUACAAAAAUGUGCCGCAAACUUGGAUUCAUUUUGCUCGCGUCCAUCGUGGGCGCCAUUUGGGCCCAAGAGCAACCCUACUAUCUGCAGCAGUGUCCGCGGGAUGAGGCUCAGAUCAACGACUGUCUGCGGGACAGUGGCAACAAGCUGGUCCACUAUCUGCAGAAGGGAGUGCCCGAGCUGGACAUCUACGAGAUUGAGCCCGUGAUGAUCGAUGAGAUUGGCAUUGUUCUGGGCAGCGGCCCGGAUGGCUAUCGCGCUCUCUUCCGCAACAUCCAGGCCUACGGCGUGAGCAACAUAACUGUCACAAAUAUCCGCUCCGACUUGGACUCGCUGCAGUUCCAACUGACGUGCGAGAUACCCCGUAUUCGCGUCAAGGCUCAGUACCGAUCCACAGGUGUUCUGAUCUUGGUGAAGGCCUCCGGUGCCGGCGACUACUGGGGCGAGUAUGAGGGCGUCAAGGCCAAGAUCUACUUCAAGGCGGUGGCCAACGAGGGAGCCGACGGACGCACCUACCUGACCACCGAUUCCGUGAAGAUGGACUUCAAUGUGAAGGAUAUACAGAUGGGUGUGGACAACAUUGCCAAUGGCAAUUCGGUCAUACAGGCUGCUCUCAAUCUGUUCAUCAACUCGAACUCUCAGGAGCUGCUCAAGGAAAUGAAGCCGGCGCUGCGGACGAAGCUCACUCUGGUCAUCAGGAACUUUAUGGAUCGCAUAUUCGCCAAGAUCCCCCUGGAUGAAUGGAUCAACCUUAACUAGUACUCCCCCCAGACACUGUUCUACUUCUAAGUCCUAAUUUAUUGCACAGAUUUCAAGCUAAAUAAACAAAA